AUGCCAACAAAUGGGAUCCACCAGGUCCUGAAGAUCCAGUUCGGGCUGAUCAACUGCGAGAGCCGGUACCUGACGGCAGAGAGCUUCGGCUACAAGGUGAACGCCUCGGCACCCAGCCUGAAGCGCAAGCAGAUCUGGACGCUGGAGCAGGAUGAGGCCGACAGCUCCGUCGUCUUCCUCAAGAGCCACCUGGGCCGGUACCUGGGUGCCGACAAGGACGGGCAGGUGCGGUGCGAGGCCGAGCAGCCGGGCCGGGACGAGCGCUUCAGCAUCAUCACACAGUCAGACGGGCGCUGGGCGCUGCAGUCGGCUCCGCACCGGCGCUUCUUCGGCGGGCGCCAGGACCGCCUGUCCUGCUUCGCGCCCAGCGUGACCGAGGCCGAGCUCUGGACCGUGCACUUGGCCAUGCACCCGCAGGCCAACCUGCUCAGCGUGAGCCGGCGCCGCUACGCUCACCUCAGCGCCCACGAGGACGAGAUCGCCACCGACAGCAUCCUGCCGUGGGGUGUGGACGCGCUCAUCACCCUCUGCUUCCAGGACCGCAGGUACAGCCUGCGCACGGCCGACGAGCGCUACCUGCGCUGCGAUGGAACCCUGGUGCCGGAGCCCGGCGCCCGCACCGGCUACACCCUCGAGUUCAAGGCAGGCAAACUGGCCUUCAAGGACUGCGAUGGCAAGUACCUGGCUCCCACCGGGCCCACCGGCACCCUCAAGUCCGGGCGCAGCUCCAAGCCGGGCAAAGAUGAACUGUUCGAUCUGGAGGAGAGUCACCCACAGGUGGUGUUCACUGCCGCCAACGGCAGAUACGUCUCCAUCCGGCAGGGCAUCAACGUGUCGGCAAACCAGGACGAGGAGCUGAACCAUGAGACCUUCCAGCUCCAGAUCGACCGCGACACCAACAAGUGCAGCCUGCACACCAACACCGGCAGCUACUGGACCCUCGUGGCCCAUGGGGGCAUCCAGGCUGUGGCCACUGAAGUCGCUGCCAACACCAUGUUCGACAUCGAGUGGCGCGGGCGGCGCGUGGCCCUGCGCGCCAGCAACGGCCGCUACGUCUGCACCAAGAGGAACGGGCAGCUCGCGGCUGUCAGCGAUGCCGUGGGUGAGUGUGGGGGGGUUCGGGGGGGUCCCGGAGAGGAUGAGGAGUUCACGCUGAAGCUCAUCAACCGGCCCAUGCUGGUGCUGCGGGGCGAGCACGGCUUCGUCUGCCACCACCGCGGCUCCAACCUGCUCGACUCCAACCGCUCCGUCUACGACGUCUUCCACAUCAGCUUCAGUGACGGCGCCUACCAGAUCCGAGGCCAGGGGGGCAAGUUCUGGUACGUGGCGAGCUCCGGGGCCGUGUGCAGUGACGGGGACCUCUCCGAGGAUUUCUUCUUCGAGUUCCGGGCUCGGGGCCGCGUCGCCAUCAAAGCCAAGAACGGGCGGUACCUGCGCGGGGACCCGGCCGGCUCCCUGCGCGCCGACAGCGACUCGGUGCUGCGCGCCACGCUCUGGGAGUACUGA